AUUAAAUCGUGUAAAGAAUUUCAGUAGUGUCUAUUGAGUUUUAAUGUUUUUAUUUUGUAUGGCUGAAUAGUUACAUCAAAUGUGUACUUAAGUUGUGCUACCAGUUCGGAUUAAAGAGAGUUCAAGUAAAGCGUAUCAUUUAUGAAACAUAUAUGUGUACAUGUGUCCAAUCUAAAUCUAUACAUUCACUCGUCUAGUAAAAAGGGAUCUCAACUCAUGUAUUCAUUUCCCUUCUCAGGCUUUGUUCAUUCAAUUACUGUGAGCAUUCCAGCGCGAUCAGUCAAUGUUACAGACGGAGGGACUGUGUUUCUUGCUUGUACAUUUACUACCACAUCCCCAACUACAAACCUUGUUGUCCAGUGGACCUUCGUUGAAAAAAAUGGAGUUGGUCACCCUGAACAGGUUUUCUACUAUCAAGGUGGGACAACUGUCAUUGGUUCAAAGUUCAAAGAGAGGGUGAAGAUGCUCUCUAACCCAGCAGAUACAAAGAAUGCUUCAAUAUCCAUAGCCAACAUGCAGCACGGCGACAUAGGGAUGUACACCUGUGAAGUGGAUAAUAUUCCUGACAUUGAGGGGACAAAUGAGAGGACCGUCCUCGUCAAUGUUCUGGUGAAGCCUUCAGAUCCUUACUGUGGCCAGCAUGGAGAUGUAGAAGCUGGUCAUCGCGUCACGCUCACCUGCCAUAGUGUAAAGGGAAAUCCAGCUCCUACCUACACCUGGAAACAUCUGGAGCAUGGCAAAACUCUUGGUGUUCAAGAUAUUAAGACAGGGACCAUGGUUAUCCAGAACAUCACCGAGGUUCAGUUUGGAGAGUACCAGUGUGUGGCAUCUAAUGGUGUCGGUUCAUCUACCUGCAUGAUCGACCUGAGUGAAGAAGUUCACGGGGGAGUCAUCGCUGGGGCCAUCAUCGGAGCACUGUUAUGCUGUGGUGUCAUCGUCCUCUUGGUCUGGUUCCUCACCCACCAAAUGAAGAAGCAAAAAAUGAAAGUGACCAAGACUAAAACCGCCAGCGAGAUGCAGCCUAUGAAAGCAAGCACACACCUGGCAUCACAGGAAGCAAAAGGGGAAGAGGACGAGCACCCAGCUGUGUAGGAAUAUACCCUCAGUACUACAAACACCUACUUUAUUUGUCAUCAAAUUGAAUGUUUUUUUACUGUGUUCUGUGGGAUGUUUAUGUAACUAAAAUAAAAUUUCAAUAAAGAAUGUAAUUCAGAAUUGAGAAGUACAGCAUGUCUGAAAGUUUGUAUUAUUUCUUUUCUGUAUGGACAGAAAAAUGUACCAGUAAAAUAUAAGUACAAGGAACAUCAAGUCAUGCAAAGUCUUUCCAUUGAAUGACUGUUUCUGUGCAGUGGCAAUGCUGUAUUCAUUAUGGGUGAAUAUUGCCUCUUAUAGUUCUUUCUAGACAAUUAAAGGAAUAAAUAAU